AUGGAGUCCAAUCUCCGGCUCAUCCUCGAUGAGAUUACCGGUCUGAAUCGCCGGUUCGAUGUUCAGGAGGCCAGCCUCAACCGACGCUUCUCUGAUCUGGAGCGCAGCCUGUCCAAGCGCUUCGCCGCCGUCGACUUCCGCUUCGACAACAUGGAGGCAUCUCACGCUGCCGCUUCCAUUGACCUGCUCGCCGCGUCGCGGAUCUGGAGGCAGCCCCGGCGGAUCCACAGGUCGCUGCGGUCGAGAGCCGCCUCGCCACGCUCCAAGCCAACUACACCGACCGCGACGCCGAAUUCGCCUCCCGCCUCUCGGAGCUGGAGUCCCUGCGCGGCGUUCCCAUCAAGGGAAGAGGUGGCUUCUUCACCGUCGAAGCCGUUCUGCUCUGGUGAUUGCUCCUCGCCAUUCAAGUCUCUGCCGCCGGUCAAGACUCCUCUGCCCUUGCCGCCCCCGCCCAAGAUGGAGAAGGCCCCAGUACCUGCUGUCCAAGCUGUGGCGGCAACAUCGUCCACUGACUCUACUCUCAAGGCGGUGAAAGCUUACCGUCGAGCGCUCGGGCUCUGUUUCAAGUGUGGCGGCAAGUGGUCCAAGGACCAUCGUUGUUCCCCGAAGUUGUCUGCCGUGUCUGUGCUAGCUGCUCCGACUCAAGUACAGGUUGUUGGUGGCGGUAUCCUUCACAGUCCGGGCCUCUUGAUGGAUAUUGAAUGGUCUGUGGAUCAGUGUGUCUUUCGCUCUAAUUUCAGAGUGCUGCAACUCUCUGCUAAUGAUGUUAUCAUCGGGAUGGAUUGGUUGCAGAAGUGGUUUGUUAUCCCAUAUCAGGGGCAGUCGGUUUUGCUUCAGGGGCUCAACUCGCAGUGGUACGCCAACGAUGAGGAGGCUCAGUCACUGUUGGCUAGGCUUGCUCUACAGUCUGAGGACUCUUCUCCUUUUUCCCUGCGCAACGACAUCAUCAGAUUCAAGCAGCGGAUCUAG